AUGCUCACUGGGAACACACCAAGUUGUAUCGAGGUACAACAGAGAGAUAGAAAAGUGUGUAAGCGCAAUUUUUCUGGCCUUUCAAAUCCGGAUGGGCUCUUACACGACCUCUAUGACGAAUUGGCCUCGCCUUUAACGGCGAGAGGGGUAGACGCACUCCUCGAAAAUGAACAGAGCAACUGA